GAUCUGUAGAGAUGGCUCGUCGUAGGUUUGCCGCGGAAGAGGCCCUCCAGGAGGUUUUCAUGGACCCUGACAGCGAUGUCGAGCCGUGGUCAGGGGAUGAUAGCUUCGAUUCUGGCGACGGGAGUGACGAGGAGUCGCUCCCGGAUCUCGUAUCGAUACCUGGUUCGCCUGACGAUAUUGGUGUGACGCACGGCGACGAGCGCGAUCAACACGACGUAGGUGACGGCGCUGCCAGUGCCGCGAGCGGGGAGAUUGAGAGCGACGAGGACCUUUCAUGCAAGAGCCAUGUCCUUGCCACCGAGAAUCUGAGCGCCCAUGACGAUGGUUCUGAAGGUAUUUGGAAAAAAGAAGAUAACACACCUCUGCUACCUCAGUUUGCGCUGGAACUGGGACCCUGA